AUGUCUGAUGAUGCAUCAAAGGAUGACAAACAUGAUGGAAGAUAUAAACUUUCAAGUGAAGUAAGAGAAGAUAUUGAAAGCUUGUAUGAGACGGUACCACAGCUGUCCAAAAUCUUCCAGAUCGAAGACAAAAUUGGAGAAGGUACCUUUAGCUCGGUUUACUUGGCAACAGCACAGCUGAGAUCUGGAGUUAAAGAGAAGUUUGCUUUAAAGCAUUUAAUUCCUACCAGCCAUCCAGUAUGAAUCGCUGCAGAACUUCAGUGCUUAACAGUGGCUGGAGGAAAAGAAAAUGUCAUGGGAGUGACAUCUUGCCUAAGGAAGGAUGACCAUUUGGUUAUUGUUAUGCCUUAUCUGAAACAUGAGUCUUUUGUGGAAAUUUUAGGUUGCUUCAGUUUUGCAGAAGUACGAGAGUAUAUGUUCCACAUGCUCAAAGCACUAACGCACAGACAUCACUUUGGCAUCAAGCCAAGUAACUUCCUGUACAAGAGGCAGCAGAAAAAGUAUGCAUUAGUGGAUUUUGGUCUAGCACAGGGUACUCCUGAUACCCAAGUUGAGCUCCUGAAGGUUCUGAGGGGCGAGGGCCAGCAGGGGAGUUGCUCGAAAAAUAAAUCUCGCAUCACCACGGGGAAUAAGACACCUCACAGUAGUACAGCUGCUAAAGACAUCCCUCAGAACUCGUCUGCAAAACCACCUGUUAAACGAUCCUGGUCUCUUGCACAGGCUAAACAAGGAAAGCCAGUGAAACCAUCCAAGACUGUAGAUCUUACAUCCAGGAAAAUGGCAGUAACAAAACUCAAGCCAGUGCUAGCUAAAGGUGCAGCCAGCAACCACAGCCGAAAACCAACCGCCCAGUGCCCUGCAACCCUGACAUGUGACUGCUACAUGACGGAUAGAGUUUGCAACAUGUGUCUUUCAAGACGGCAACAAGUAGCUCCAAGGGCAGGUACUCCUGGUUUUAGAGCACCCGAAGCCCUUACAAAGUGUCCCAGUCAAAACACAGCGAUUGACAUGUGGUCUGCAGGAGUCAUUUUCCUGUCCCUGCUCAGUGAUAGAUAUCCUUUUUUCAAAGCAAGUGAUGACUUAAUUGCCUUAGCACAAAUUAUGACCAUCCGUGGAUCCAAAGAAACUGUCCGUGCUGCUAAAACCUUCGGUAAAUCAGUUCUGUGCAGCAAGGACAUUCCAGCUCAGGAUUUAAAGACUCUGUGUGAGAGGCUAGGAGGAACACAUUCUCAGAAGGGGAACUGUGUCUCUGAAACAAACACAGUACUGGAAGAUCUUCUGGUUACACCUGAUGCUUGCUGUGCUCCUAUAAAGGCGGAUAUUUCUUUCACAAGAUGCCAGCAACCCCAGCAAUAUAGUCUAGAAGAGGCCCAGCAGGACAAAAGCAACUCGGACUUCAAAGACAGCAACAUGUUGUCAGAUAUAAAGGGGUGGGACAGAGUUCCUGACACGGCAUAUGAUCUUCUUGAUAAACUGUUAGAUCUGAAUCCUGCUACAAGGAUACAGGCUAGCCAGGCUUUGCUGCACCCUUUCUUUCAAGGCUUCUGAUUUUUACCCCACUGCUGGAGCGGUGGAUGAACUCUGCUUUUCUGACAAGGAGCCAAGCUUCUCCAAAGUGCCUUGUUUCUAUUUUCUCUAUGGACAGAGAACUUCAAGGACAUGUUAUUAUAGAUGGUAUAAUGGAAACAACACCUGAAAGAAGGCAUGGAAAAUAAUCAAGACUAUUCAGCUAUAAAUUGCCAU